AUGCCUCGCCUUUCCACCCCUAUAACGCAAGAUGAAUGCUUGUACGACGAUCGUUGGACAAAACAGGCCGACAAUCUUUUUGUUGACUUGCUAAUAGAGUCGCAUCUUCUUUGGAAGUGGACAAAUGGUCGUCCUGGGGGUGCAGUCUUCGAUUACUGCCGCUCUGUUUUCGUUGGCGAGCUCGAGCUUAUUUAUAGUAACGCUGAAUUUGAGGAGAGAUUCGACUUUCUUCAAAAGCGGUACCAAGUUCUUAGCUGGAUGCUAGUGCAUAGGCGAUACAGAGAGGACACAAAGAUCUUCAUCUGA